GUUAACCUUAAAUUAAAUUUAAAAAUAAUGUUCAAAAGUGCUACUGCGACUAAGAAACACGAUGAAUCUGACUAUUCAAAUAGAAAUGUAUCACCUAGUUAAAAUCAAGAUCGUAUUAAUGAGUUGAACCGAGUAUUGCAAGGAUUAUCUACAAAUGUUAAAGAUGACAAAAGUAGGAGAGAUUUGUAUUUCCAAAAAAUAAAAUUGUUAGAGGAGAGAAUUCAAAAAGGAGAGAUCAAUGAUAAUUAGAAAUUCAGAUUACUUUAUGAGCAAUACGAAAAGUUAGAGGAGACAUUAUACAGCGAAAGGGAUUAAAGAUAGUUAAUUUGUGAAAAAAGUUUGAAAUCAUUAACUUUAAUUGAAAAAAACUUUUCUUUGUCUUUGAAUGAAGAAUAUUCUAGUAGGAAGGUGAAUGAAUAAGAGAUUUUUGCUGAAAUUGAUGAUAAAAUACAAGCAAUGAAGGGAGAAUUAAAAAAAGAUAAUGUCUAAAGGACUGAAUAUGAGGAGAAGCAAAUUGAAAACAUUGAAAAAGAACUUGAAGAAUUAAGAUACUAUUUUGAAUAAGAAAAGUAGAUAAGGGAUCAAAAUGCUGAAAAAUUAAUUAGAGGGUUUGGGGAAGAAAUUUUAAGGUUACAAGAAUAGUUGAGUGAAGAAAAAAGAAUCUCAGAAGAAUCAUACGAAACAACUAUUAGAUUAUUGCAAGACUUAGAUUAAUCUAUUUAAAAUGAUUUAGAAUAAGAGUAAUUCUUAAGAGAGAAAUAAGAGAAAUCUUUGUUAAAAUUAUUGGAAUCGACAUGCUAAAAAAUUGAAUAAUCUUUAUUAUCAUGAUAUAUAAAUUUAUUUAUUCAUAUUAAUUAAUUAGAAUAAAAUAAA